AACCGGGUCUCGUUCGAGCGCCGCGUCAGCCGCAACCCCGUCGCUGCCUGCGAGCGGAAGCCGGUCCGUGAGGAGGGAAGGAACGAUGGGGGGAGCGGCCUUCGGCCCCCUCUGCGCCUAACUGGAGCCGCCGCCGCCGCCGCCGCCUCCUCCUCCUCCUCCUCCUCCCCACCCCGGGCCCGCUGUGGCAGCUGGAGCCAUGGACAAAGCCGUCGGGGGCCAGAAUGUGAAACUGUCUGCUGAGGUAGAACCAUUCAUUCCUCAGAAGAAGACUCCUGAUACACUCAUGAUGCCGGUGGCGCUGCCUCACGACAGUGGAAGUGUGACUGGUGUGGAACCAACUCCGAUUCCCAGCUAUCUGAUCACUUGCUACCCAUUUGUUCAAGAAAACCAGUCUAACAGGCAACUUCCACUAUAUAAUAAUGACAUCAGGUGGCAACAGCCUAAUCAGAACCCUGCCGGGCCGUACCUUGCAUAUCCCAUUAUAUCUGCUCAGCCACCGGUGUCAAUAGAGUAUACCUAUUACCAGCUGAUGCCAGCGCCAUGCGCUCAAGUCAUGGGCUUCUGUCACCCGUUCCCGGCGCCAUACUCUGCUCCCUUCCAGGCGGCAAGUACUGUGAGUACAGUGGCAGCAGAAUGCACAGAUCGUCCAACCCAGCCAAGUCAGGUCUUCCCAUUGUGUAGACAGAGGAGCAGAAGUGCCACCAGGGGACCAGCCAUGCAGAAACAGCAGCAGCAGCCUUCACAGGUGCACAUAAGAACCAAGAGGCCUCCAGUGAAAAGUGUUGCUACUCAAAAAGAGACCAGUGCAUCGGGCCCUGAGAGCAGACCAAAAAUCGUGUUGCUUGUGGAUGCUUGUCAGCAAACAGACUUCCCCUCAGAGAUAGCCAACAAGUCGCUUUCAGAGAGCAUGGCCACGAUGCACUGGAAACCAAAAGCCAGGCGGCGGCGAACCUCUCACCCAGCCGAAUCCUCUAGUGAGCAAGGGGCCAGUGAGGCAGAUAUUGAUAGUGACAGUGGUUACUGCAGUCCUAAAUACAGCAACCAGGCUGCAGCUGUGACCUCGAGAAGUGCAGACUCCAUCGCACCAAAUAUUGGAGAGCCAUCAGUACAUUCAGGUGGUGUCUCUUGGGCCAAUGUCAGCUCCCAGGCUACUCAGAAAAAGCCCUGGAUAGAGAGAGCUCCAUCUUUCACCAGAGGGGGAAGGCAGCCUGAGCAUCGUAGUAAUUCACAGCCUGCCUUUCGAUGCAGGGGGCAUAGCACUUCGUCGGAGAGAAGACAGAACUUGCAGAGACCUGUACCAGGAAGCCCAUCAGACAGAAAAGACCAGAGUCCUGAGCCUUUAUAUUUUCAGGAUGAAGAAGAAUUUCCAGAAUUAAAUAGCGACAGUGGAAACUCUAAAAGUGCUAAUAUGCAGCAGAAACAUGCUCCAAAAGUGUUGGAUGACUUGCCUGAGAAUUCCCCAAUCAACAUUGUACAGACUCCAAUUCCAAUCACUACCUCUGUUCCAAAGCGGGCCAAAAGUCAAAAGAAGAAAGCGCUGGCUGCGGCGUUGGCCACCGCUCAGGAAUAUUCGGAAAUCAGCAUGGAGCAGAGGAAACUGCAGGAAGCAGUUUCGAAAGCAGCUGGGAAAAAGAGUAAAACGCCUGUGCAGUUAGACUUGGGGGACAUGCUGGCAGCCCUUGAAAAACAGCAGCAAGCUAUGAAAGCUCGCCAGAUCACCAAUACCAGGCCCCUCUCAUACACAGUUGGUAGCCCGGCUCCUUUUCAUGCUAAAGAACCCGCUAACCGAAAAUCCUUAGCUAAAGGUCAGCCUUCAGUGGGUUGCCUCAAUCCGUUGGAUUCCACUGCCCCCAAAGUAAAACGAGGGAAGGAGAGAGAGCUUUCAAAGUUGAAGCGUCCUACAGCACUGAAGAAGAUUAUCUUGAAAGAGAGAGAAGAGAAGAAAGGCCGCUUGUCUGUCGAUCAAAGCCUUCUGGGGGCUGAUGAAGAGCAAGAGGUUCCUUUGGAUCUGACUGCCAACCAGUCAGAAGAAUUAGCAUCUCAAGAAGAAACUGGUCUGAGCGUGCCUAGUGAUGCCUCUCUCUCUCCAGCAAGCCAGAACUCUCCUUACUGCAUGACUCCGGUCUCCCAAGGCUCUCCUGCCAGUUCAGGGAUAGGGAGUCCCAUGGCAUCUUCGACCAUAACCAAAAUUCACAGCAAGAGAUUCAGAGAGUACUGUAAUCAAGUUCUGAGUAAAGAAAUAGAUGAGUGCGUGACUCUCUUGUUGCAAGAGCUCGUCAGCUUCCAAGAACGCAUUUACCAAAAAGACCCCAUGAGAGCGAAAGCAAAGAGGAGGCUUGUGAUGGGUCUGCGAGAGGUCACCAAACAUAUGAAACUCAACAAGAUCAAGUGCGUCAUCAUUUCUCCGAACUGUGAGAAAAUCCAGUCGAAAGGUGGAUUGGAUGAAGCCCUGUAUAAUGUAAUCGCCAUGGCACGGGAGCAAGAAAUUCCUUUUGUUUUUGCUCUUGGGCGUAAAGCUCUUGGCCGCUGUGUGAACAAGCUAGUUCCAGUGAGUGUGGUGGGAAUCUUCAAUUACUCCGGUGCGGAGAAUCUGUUCAACAAAUUGGUGUCGCUAACUGAGGAGGCCAGGCAGGCCUACCGAGACAUGGUUGCAGCAAUGGAGCAAGAGCAGGAAGAGGCCUUGAAGAACAUUAAGAAAGUGCCCCACCACAUGGGGCAUUCUCGGAAUCCUUCUGCAGCAAGCGCCAUUUCAUUCUGCAGUGUUAUUUCCGAGCCUAUCUCAGAAGUGAAUGAAAAGGAGUACGAGACCAACUGGAGGAACAUGGUGGAAACAUCUGAUGGACUGGAAACUGCUGAGAACGAAAGAGAGGCCUGUUGUAAGGUCACUGCUCCAGAAAAACCUGGCAACCCUAAGGUGGCAGUGGCAGCAAGUGCUGCCGUGACAACGGCUGCCAACAAACAGCUCUGUCUAGCCACAGUCGGGAUCACCUCCGUCACAGUUUAUGGGAAAGCACUGGGUGGGAAAGAGGAAGUGAAGCCAGAUGACCUGGAAUGGGCCUCACAGCAAAGCACAGACACAGGGUCCUUAGAUGGCAGUUGCAGAGAUAUUUUGAACUCCUCCAUGACCAGUACAACCAGUACUCUUGUCCCAGGAAUGCUUGAAGAAGAGGAGGAUGAGGAAGAGGAAGAAGAAGAUGACUAUACGCACGAACCUAUAUCCGAGGAAGUUCAGCUCAACAGUAGAAUUGAAUCUUGGGUCUCUGAGACCCAACGGACUAUGGAAACACUCCAGCUUGGGAAGAGCCUCAGUAGCACAGAGGAUGAUAACAUUGAGCAAAGCGAGGAGGAAGAACUAGAAACCCCCGAGCAAGUCGAUUCGGUGAUUGACAGUGAAGAAUGGACGACAGAUAAGCAGGCAUGUAAAUCCCAGCAGAAUCUCACCUCCUGCGGUCCUCCGGAUACCAAAUGUACAGACUCUAACUAUAUACCAUAAACGCAAGCACACAAACUCAGGAAACUGUAAUAUUUUAAAAACUUAACUGUUGUAAGGAUUUGCAGCCAUGGCUUUACAUGCUUCAUCUCGGCAUUUUGCACUGUGUCAUGUUUAAUAUGCAUAUUUAAUUCACAACAUAAAUAUUUUUUGUAGCUGUCUUUAUUACUUUUUCCAUUAUGAAUCUAGUGUGUGUGUUUAAGGAACAUAUGUCUCUCUUCCCCCCCCCCAUCCCGAAAGCAUAAUGUGUGUGGAAACUGUCAAUAGGUAUCUUUUUGUGUUCAGGAUAGAAUACUACUUUAUAAGUGAUCAUUAUGCAAAAUUCGAAGAUGAUAAAAAUUUUUCUUAUCUGUGUUUUAAGCCUGGCAACAGUGACCAAUACUAGCUUUGUUAUUUAUUGCUUAUCCUGAAAGUAUUUGGCUGUAUAUUAUAAUGUACCAGCAUUGAGAACAGAAUGAACUUAUUAGCAGGCAAGGACGUCAGGUAUUAGACUGACCUUGCUUACAAGACAGUUAGAAAAAUGACUGGCUAAUGUGCCUCUGCCUCACUGCCCUCCUAGGAUAUGUGCUUGAGAAAUAAUACUCUUGAGCUGCUGGUUGUAACCUGCUAAAACACAUUUAGUAAGGCAUUCUAAGAUAUUAACUACUUUUAACACUGUCACCAUGUCUGUAAAGACCACAGCGAGGGGAGUUGAUCGCCACAGCAACUUUAGGGUUUUUUUUCCUUAGUUUGAUUGGUAUCUUGGUUCUUUACUUAUCUCAGGAAUGUGAAUACAUUUUCGUAAGUGGUAUGUAAAAAAAAAAUAUAAAAAAUGCCAAGUUGAAGAAUUGGAUCCUAACUCUCUUCAGUGGACAGCAAGGAAGAUACUGUGGUUCAGUUUAGUAGUGGAGGUGAGGGGGGGGGGGUCGUGUCUUAGCAUGCAUUAGGCCUGACUGUGUCUUGCCUUUGGAUCAGUCGUAAGAGUUUUUUGUUCUUAAGAAUAUGAACUCUUCCAUUCUGUAGCAUUACAUAUGCCAGAGGAAAAAGGUCUUCAAAAUGGUAAGAGGCAGAAGUGAUUGAUUCAGUGAAGAGAAUUCAUUGAUUUAGAAAAGAGCAUUUCAGACUUCUUUACAGGGCUCUUAAUUUACUGAAAAUAAAAGAUUUAUCUAACUUUUGCAUGCUUUGAUUCCCCCCAGUUGUGCUUAGUAAUAAGCAUCAGUGAAAGUACCCCAAGUAAGCUGCAUGAAUUCUAAUGGUGAAUGUAGGGUUUUGGUGGUUUUAUUAUUCAUUAGUAGUGCAAAACCACACACACACCAUGAACUUUGGAACAUCCAGUGAGAAAAUACUUCACACUUGGUGCUGUUCACUUAAUUAUUUUGGACCAACAGUUUUAAGCAUUUUCAAAACUAGUUUAUAUUGUACAGGGUCGGGGAGAGAAAAUCAGACAUAGUGUUUUAAGAUCUUAUACUGCUGUUACAAAAUGAGGGGUGAUGUAGUAGGGAAAAAGCCAGUGUGCUAAGUAGUUUCUGGGCACAAGCUAAACAGGAAAAAGUCUUGAGUUCUGAAAUGACUGUAUACAUCCUGCCACUGGAGUAUUCAAAAAUUGGUCUCUGUUCCACCCACCUCUUUUUUGGGAGGUAGUAAUUCAAAAUGCCUAUUUCUGGAUUUGGUGCUUUCAGAAACAAUCUGGCCCUAGAUUGUGUUAAGAUGCUUGGCAGCUUCUUAAAUAGUAUAGCCAGUUUCUCGGUUAUGGACUAAUAUAGGGUUCCAAGUUCUGUAAAUGAGCUCAGUUAUCUCACAAUGUAUUAUGUGGAACUCCUCCCCAGCCCCCCGCCCCCCAGUUGUAGCAGAACUUUGUGGGGCAAGAAGGACACCAGUCCUCCUCCAGUCUGGUAAGUGGCCGCAGUACAACAGUUGGGAAUAAAUGAGAUUUCGUGCAUGUGUGUGAGAAGAAUGUUAGUUUGUAUUCUACAUUAGGAAAGGUUUUCCAGUGUUGUGCAAUGAGGGUUCUGUGUUUGUGUGUGUGUAUGUGUGCGUGCGUGUAUAUAUUUAUAUAUUGUCUCCUCUAAUUGUCUCUGUUCCAUUUCUUUUGAUAAGUUACCUUUAAACGCCAAGGUAGCUUUGUGUGUUAUGUAGUACAAUUUCGAUAUUGGCACAGACAGUUUUAAGUUCUUACACACUGAAAGAAGGCUAUUUUUGCUAUGGUAUGUGGAUACAGUUUUUAGGACAAGUUCAGCAAGUAUUUACUCUGCUUAAAUACCCUGUCUAGUGAUCUUUAUUAGAGGUAACAUUGGAAGAAGGGGGCUUUGCGGGGGGGGAGAGGGUGUGAUGUGUCAGAUGGUCAUUAAAAUGGAUUGUUUGGGGUGACUGUGCUUUUAAAAGUAUUUAUAAACCUCCAGUAUUUUGUAAAGCUAUCUUUCCAUGGGAAACAGAAGCACAAGGUGGGUCCAAGCACAAAUGUCUUGGAUAGGUAUAAUGUCUGUAGGCUGUUAUGUUCCAGACAGCCAACAAACCCCGUGGAAUCAAUUUCCCUCUACCUUCCCGUUUUAAAUUUUAAACAGUGUAUUUAACAGAUUUGCAGCUUGAUCCGUGAAUGGUUAUAUUGGACCACUGUUUUUAAAAUUAAAAAAGAGGGAGAUCCUUUGGCAAAUGCACUUGUAUGAAUUCUGAACACAACACACGGGAGAAACCUGGAAUGUUCUUUGGGUGGCUGGACAGACACACGUGUCAUUGAGCCAGUUCUUUAACUGCAAGUUGUUAAAUGUUAGUAGCACGUGGGCAAAAAAAGCAUUGUUUGGAAAAGCUACUGUUUGCUGAAAUUGUCACAGUGUUUUGGGUCUUAUUUUUGAAGUUGUGCCAACUAAUCAAGUCAAUCAACCAGAUUUUAGUCACUAAUUCAAUAUAUAUAUACCAUUUUAAAAAAAGUAACAGCCAUAAUGGAAAUUGUACAGCGCUCUACCCAGUCUUAACACACAGAAAUAAUAAGAAAAUGUCUAUUAAAUCAAUUAACAGUUUAAAUUUAACAGUCAGUAGAAGUGGCACAGUCCAAUUAAUGUUCAUAUGUGGUUAAUGUAUCAUUUUUUAAAAAGAGACUGUAAUAAAGUAAUGUCUGUCAAUCUUUGAUACCUUCAUGUUUGUAGUAACAAAACUUAACAAAAUCAUUACAAAUUGCACCAUUAAGAGGUUGCCUGUUUCCCUUUUAUGAAGAAUAAUUGUUCUAUCAUACUUUUUUUGAAGUAAUAACAGCUUUUUGCACUAUGUAAAUACUAGUAGGAAUUCUUCCAUAAUUAAU